GUUUGCAGUCUGAUGCCAUGUUGUCUUUCCCCAGAGCUCUGACAUCCUCAGCACCAUCGGCUAUGACAGCAUCAUCCAGCAUCUGAACAACGGCCGCAAGAACUGCAAAGAGUUCGAAGACUUCUUAAAAGAAAGGGCAGCGAUCGAAGAGAAAUAUGGCAAAGAUCUGCUCAGCCUCUCCAAGAAGAAGCCAUGUGGACAGUCUGAGAUCAACACCCUGAAGCGGGCCCUUGAAGUCUUCAAACAGCAAGUAGACAAUGUGGCCCAAUGUCACAUUCAGCUUGCACAAACUCUAAGAGAAGAAGCCAGGAAGAUGGAAGAAUUCAGGGAAAAGCAAAAGGUCCAACGGAAAAAGACAGAGCUUGUAAUGGAUGCUGCCCAUAAACAAAGAAACUCACAAUUCAAGAAAACCAUGGAUGCGAAGAAGAACUAUGAGCAGAAAUGCCGGGACAAAGAUGAGGCGGAGCAGGCUGUCCAACGGAGUGCCAACGCUGCAAACCCAAAGCAACAAGAAAAGCUUUUUGUGAAACUGGCAACUUCAAAGACUGCAGUGGAGGACUCAGACAAAGCAUACAUGUCACACAUCAACACAAUGGACAAGAUCCGAGAAGACUGGCAGAGUGAGCACGUCAGGGCCUGUGAGGCGUUUGAAGCUCAGGAAUGUGAACGAAUAAACUUCUUCCGGAAUGCACUGUGGUUGCACGUGAAUCAUCUGUCACAACAGUGUGUCACAAGUGAUGAUAUGUAUGAACAAGUCCGCAAGAGUUUAGAAAUGUGUAGUAUUGAGAAGGACAUUGAGUAUUUUGUGAACCAACGCAAAACCGGACAGACUCCACCAGCACCCAUCUUGUAUGAGAAUUUCUACAGUCCCCAGCGGAAUGCAGCCCCACCGGGAAAGGCUACAGGGCCUAACUUGGCAAGGAGAGGACCGCUCCCAAUUCCUAAAAGUUUACCAGAUGACCCAGACUAUUCUUCUGUUGAUGACUAUACUUUGCUCUAUCAGUAACAUCAAUG